GUGCUUAAAUAAGUUGGCAUUUGAAGCAGGACUAAGAAAAAUUUGUCUACCGACAUAAGGAUCUCCUAUCACAGGUAAGGCUUAUUGCCUCCACGUUUAGUCCUAAUAAUCGUAGCAUGAAACCGACUUUUUACUGUAGUUGGACACAAAUAAUAACCACAGGCGGUCGUGGCAAGUAUUCUCUUGUAAAAUCCUUAUGUUUCAAUGUUAUUGCAGCAAAACCGCCAGUUAUCUUGUUAACUUUUAAACCUAAAGGACCUUUUAGUGUGGCUCUUGUUCUGGUUCUAUAUAUAUAAAACUAGACACCAGAAGGUGCAUACUGGGCUGCCAUAAAACCUAGACUAGAUAGAAGUAAUAUAUUGUAUGAAAACGAGAAGUUUACCACAAGACAGCUGACAGCGUAUGAAAGGAAGAAAUAACCCUGCAAAACCCAUUCCCAUUCCGAACACCACCCCAACCUACGGGUCUCAUUAAACUGUUUGAACUGAGACUAUAAAUAGAUGAUUGAUAAUUCCGAUAUUAUUGAUGGUCGAUACAAAACAAGCUAGGUGGGUAUACCGUGUGGCACGAAAUUUUUGCGGAUUGGUGAUUUUUCUGUUUUGCGGAAACUAAUUUUUGGGAUCAGGACACAUUGGCUUUUCUCGAUGAGAAUUAAUUUUUGCGAUUUUCAAAAAAUGCCCAGUGCCUUCCCGGCUAGCAGAGGUAUCUCACGACGAGGCAAAAAUGAGAGGAAAAAUGAGAAACCCCUGCUAGCAGGGAACCAGUACCCAGCAUUGAAAAUAUUUUCGUUCUUUAUAAGUACGUGCAAUCAGGGUGCAAUAGAAAUACGGUACAUAUUUUCAAACGGUACUACGGGUAAUAGGUACCUUGUGUAAAACCAGUAUCCCAUUGUAUACCGUUUAGUUUGUGAAUGAAAGAGUCAAGUUGUGAUUGAACAGACACGAUUUCUUAGUUCUGUAUUUUUGUGUAGAGUAUUUUAGUUAGAGUAUGUUUACUCUGGUGUAAAUUUUUUGCCUGAAAAAUGUUUGCGGUAAUUUUUUUUGAGGGAAUUUUUUUUUGGAUCGCUAGAAAAAUCGUAAAAUUAGAACCCGCAAAAAUUUCCUGCCACACGGUAACUCUAGUUUAUUUAAACUUUGCUUGUUUUGUUGACAGCUUGUCGCUUUUUUUGCAGUAAACAAUAAAAAAUCGUCCCGUUCGUAGGAGAAAAGCUUCAUCGCAGCUAAAAUUUUCUGCAAUCGCGUGCAAUACCAUUGAGCUUAGUUAGAGCGGCCCAACAGAGUUAAAUUGUCUAAACUAAACCAAAUUGGUUCGACAUGGACAGAGUUUUUUUCUGUUAUUAGUAGUAUUUUUAUGAGGUGUGACUUAAAACACCGCGAACCGACCGGAUUAAAAUUAACUUAUUCAAUUUUUUGAACAAUCAUGGGGGGAAGUGGGGGAGAGGGGGUACGCGAAAGGGGUACCUUUUUCAGGCUUCAGGUAUGAAAGGGUAGGGAAGUGCACCAUUUCGGCCUGUAAAAGGACUACGCUCACGAUCACGCUGUUUAUCUUUGCUCGCAAGAAAACAUACUUUGCAUAGUGAGAUCUUAUAUCUUCUUUCACCUUUAUUGUUCCCUCGGAAUCGUUACGUAAACAUUUCCGGUCAAUUGAUUUGUUUUGUCUAAUAAAUCACAUGCCAUUCUUUAAACAUUGAGUAACAACAGCCUCUGUAUAAAUAUCUACAUACGACAUAAGAUGAUUGAUCACUAAAAACGCGAUUACAGUAGACGCAUAAGUGAUGAUAAAAAUAAAGAAAGAAAAUAAAAUCAAUGAAAUCAAUACAAAAAUUAAAAGCAAUGAUAUUGUUACCCAAAAGCUGGUGAUUGAAGUAUUGAAUUCUUCUAUAAGGCUGUUGUGUUGAUCAGAAACACUGUUGAAUUUCACUAAUCCAGUUGCUCGUAAUGUUUACGUACUCAACAGUUUCAGUUUUAACAGUUGAUUCGGGAGAUUCUCUUAGCGCUUCUAACUCAGUAGGUAGCUAACUUAAUACAUAAGGUUUCUCGACAAAAGAUUCACUCAGUUCGUUUUUAAGUGGGUCUCUCACAUAGUUCAUGAAGUAUACCAGCCACCUCCAAAAUGUACUCUUGCCAUCUUUUACUGUGGGCUUACCAUCAACAGCGUCUACAUUCGUAUUUUUGUCAUUCUUAUGCUUCCACUGAAGAUAGAUUGCUAAUAGGGAGCUUAAGCAGCGAGGUUUUUGAGCGACGUACGUCAACCGGAAAAGGACGUUUUGCACUCUUGAGCCGUGAUUUGAACAAAUUUAAGAAUUAGGACACUUGGCAAUAUAAAUACGGUAGCGUCAAGGCUUAUUAAAAGAGGAAAAGGCUCACUUCCGGUUGACGUGCGUCGUUCAAAAACGUCGCUGCUUAAGCUCCCUAAUAGCUUCGAGUCGCUUUGAGCUCCUUAGAAUGUACUCUGCUGAAGUCUGCUGACCUAUUCCAUGCAUACUCUUAUAUCUUGCGCACGCGCUGAACACGGCAAAGUCCGAUUUGUGCCAGAAGGAAAAACCAAGCCCAUUUUAAAACUGAGCUGCGCCCCAGGCAGCCCAGUAAUAAUAUAAAAUAGAACGGAGUCUCGAACGCUUUUAAACAAAAAUUGACGUCAGUCAGGAGCCCAUCAAAUGGAGCCUCCAUCUCCAUUAAUUUCUUGAGUCAACCCUUUCGCGAGUAGAUUUAUAAAUAGAACGGCUUGUUUCCCGCGAAAAGUGUCAUAUUUCCGUGAGUCUCGUAUGUCACCGUGAAAAAAAUGAAGUUGGAUGAAGUCGAACUCAGAAGCCCGUCCUUCGACCGUUUUCCUUUUUUACUAUACGUCCAUUUUUACAGUUUUACAGCCGCUGGGAUCUGGGAUGAAAUAAAAGUUAAUGAAUUACCCGACUGAGACUGAGCAUGAAGCGAUGGGACAAAGGCAGCGAACUGAGGAUCACGGAAAGGUUCUUUGCGAGUGUUUGUUUUUGUUUUUGUUUUUACCGUCAUACAUCCCACAUUUAAGCAUGCACCUUGAAAAGAGUCGACGAUUAAGCAUUCUGUGGACGAUUUGAAACUUUUCGAUGAUCAGCGCCGAAAAAGUGCCUGGAUCAUUUGAUUUUUGUUAUCGCCGUGGAGUGGAUUUCGCCAGUUAAGCACAGCGUGCAAAAGCGAUGACCUAAGUAGCAACUAAGGAGGAAUGCUUCAGAAAAAUUGCAGUCUUCUUUACAACUGACUUGUAUCACCAUGAGAGUUGCCUGAUAAAACUGGCACUUGAAAAGUUGAACAGAAGAUAACAGUUGCUCGACCGUGAAGCUAACUCAAAAGUAAUUUGCUAAAGCCGGGGAAUUUGUGACAUCGCGCUCCAGUCCAAAGACCCUCUUAUCUCAAGAAAAACAAAAUGGAUUGUAUAUGCGCCCAAAGAAUUAUGACUGACUAACAGGAGAAUUCUCAGCAAUUAAUGUAGAAGUUUAGGCCAAUUCUUUCCUUAGAAUUCGCAUCUGUAGAUCACUUUUUUGCGAAAAAACAAUGGCUGGGCUCGGCGCGCGUUACAAAACAUAGCAGGGAAUCAUCACACUAACUGACGGACAAAACAACCACAGUAUUUAUUCAGACAAACGCAUUUCGGAGAAAAACUUGAAAAACUAGAAAUUUGAUUAAUAUUGAGUCAUUUAGCCGAAAUAAGAACCUUAACGCUAAAAAAAUUGGCUAAAACGAAUCCUGUCAGAACUACAGACUGCAGGUAGUAGUUAAUCAUUACGCAUAUAACAGACCAGCUUCAUGGCCUCUUAUAAAUAUGAGACAAGCAACCAAAAUUAAGAUUAACAUAGUCAGAGUUUAAAACUCUCCACAGUAUAAUCUACCCGCUAGAAAGAAAAGAAAGAAAAUCUCUGAGGGAUGAAAACGCUAAAGUCACGUUUCACUAGCUUAUGAUUUUGUUUGGCCUGUCAGCACCGGAUUUCUGCUGUUUCAUGAAGUACAAUAGCAGUGUCAUUUAGUCGUUGUGAUUGGCUCUUCCCACCGUCGGCGCGCGAAGUCUCCCCUGGGAACCGUUCUAAUUAUAAAUCUACUCGGGAAAGGGUUGACUCCAAGGGCUUGUAUGGGAGAUGGAGGCUCCAUUUGAUGGGCUCCUGCGUCAGUGCUGUUAGACAUAGCCUUCUGUUUACCAUUUACAAAAAUAUUCCCUAAAAAUCAGUAUGAAAAGUAAAUGAAACACGACUUGUGGGGUCGUGUCGGUGAAAAAUUCCUGAAAGGAACAUAACGUCCGAAAAGUUAACGUAGUCCAAUUUUCCCGGUCGCAAUAUUCCAAAAGGAAAUCCGUGUUCCAUUCUUCAAACCCAUCUUUGAUACCAGUUUCACUCUUUCGCGGCGGUUUUUCGCUAAAUGGAACUCAUGAGUACGAUUCCGGGACGAAAUUCACCUGCCCAAACCGUGAACAAACCGGUUUGCCCAUGUAAACAGUAAACAAUCAUUGGGUCUGGCAAUUGCAUGCUCAACACUGUUACAUUUAAAGAAAGUCACCAUUUUGUUUCAAACUGGCUUUUUUCCACAUAAAAAAGUCAAAUUUGCCAAAUUUGUACUGGUAAUAGCAUUAUUUGUAGUGAUAUUUGGCAUAAAUACCACAAGCGAUAUUUUAAAAUUGUUUUAUGUAAUUUCACGAGCCGUUAGGCGAGUGAAAUUUGAGACAAUUUUGAAAUAUCACGAGUGGUAUUCAUGCCAAAUAUCACGUACAAAUCAUGCUAUUAUUUGUUUAUACUACUACCUGCAAAAGUUUUGUAAUUUUCACAUGAAGGUAUUUCAAAUUAAGCUGAAAUACCACUGCUCUAAGCCAAUCAUAUUGCAGAAAUUUCUCGUGUAGUAGUAUAAAACAAGAAAGAAGUUUGCAACGUGAAAAAGAAGCAAAUGCAAUUUUUUAUUGUUGACCCUUUUCAGACGGCUAGGGUUGUAUAUGACCCAUAUGGAACGAUGUAUACAUUCCUCCCUGGACCCAUUAAGCUUUUAGUUUAAGUUAAUAAAUUGGUAAGCAACAACGUCAGCAAAGAUAGAUCUUUCCAGCGAUACCUCGUUUUGGACAUUCUGACCAAUCCUGACAGAGUUACACUCACAAAAAAAGGUAACAUUUUGGGGGAAAAUCCACAGCCAAUUUCAUUGUUUACAUACUACUUUUUGAAAAUUAAAUUUGUCCCUUUCCUAAAAAGUUAGACUUUUACGCAUGCGUGAAAAACAAAAACAGCUGUUUAAUUACGUCAGGUUAGUCGGAAAAUAUGCCUUUUUUUGCAAAACUUGUUUUUAGACAUUCUUAUGCUAAUUAGCCGAAAACCAUUCCAAAGAAGAGGAAUUGGUGAAAAAUAAGAUUUUUUCGCUACUCCUCGGCCGUCCAAAAGGGGUUAAAUGAGGCUUUCAAUUCGUUCGCAUCACAAAUUUAACGUUUGUGGGUCACUUUAUGCCCUAACAAGAACGCUCUUAGUAGCGUUGAGUCUCACUUGCUUGGAGCCCAUAGGGCUUGGAGAUAAGUUCUGUUGUCAAAGGUGCUGGUGCUGUAAUGCUAUUUUUUCGUUUUGUAUACAAAACGAGUUUUACAUGUCAUAAUGUAAAUACUCAAAACUUAAAAAUUGUAAGGAGAGACAGGCCGCACAUCUUAGCUUCACACUGGUGUGAAACCUUUGAAAACCUUUUCGUAUUGAUAUUGCUCCAGUGAGGAGAACACUUUCAGGGAUUUUACACUCAAAAAAUUGAACGACGAUUUUUACCUGUAUAUCGGAAAAGCUCGAUAUGGGAUUUCUAUUUUAUGGACAUAGAUAUAUAGCUUCUAUGUAGCGGACCAAGAUACGGUACAGUUUUUUGUUCAGCACAGGAAAAAUGUGUAAGUUUAGCAGAACCUUAUACAACGGACGGUUAAUUCAGUUCGCGCGUAUUCCUGUUGAAUUUGUUGUCCGUUUUAUAAGAUAUCAAAAUCGCGUGAAAGUAAUUACAUUUUCCAUAGCUGCUUAGUAUCUGCUUUUGAUAUUUCCGUACAAUUCAUGUUUACGCGAUCUUAGAGUACAAUUUUUAGAUCUGUUCACAGCAUGCAUUUUAUCACAGUAUCACUGGGAUAAAGCGUUUCAUUUUCCAGGAAAAUUUCACUUUCUCGUCAAAAAAAUCACUGACUCGGUCAGACUCCGAGUAGUCUACUUAAAUUUAGUGCUCAGUACAGCGAACGGGGUUAUGUUCUGUGAAAUUUAUCUACAGUCUGCGGUCCACAAUGAAAUUACCACCAUCCACGAUUUAUUUAAAAUUUAUUUUAUUUCAAGUUUUUUUUUUUAACCGAUCCUCGAUCUCCGAUUUUCGAUCCCCGAUCCUCGAUCCUAGUUUUCCGAUAUACCUCGAAGUUCUGCUUAUUAAGAUUGUUUUUUUUUUUUUUUUCGACCACUGAAGUAAUCACUUAUUCUACAGUAAUCUACUCUUUCAAACUCUAGAAUUCGUGGACCGACCCGUUCCGGAAAAGCUUGAUAUGGGAUUUCUAUUUUAUGGACAUAGAUCGCCAUGAAGUGCUGCAAGUAGAGUGCGUUAUAGUCAAGUAAAAAGCUACCCGUAUAAACACAUCCGUGACGCAUAAGUAACGUCAGACGGGUAGUUGAGGUUGCUUCCAGUAGUAGUCGAAGGUUAAACCAUUGAUAUCUCAAGUAUUUAUAAAGUGCAACGCGAACCAUAGAGUUCCAGAGAUUGCAACAAUAUUCUAAUAAACGUAAGGCCUCAAUACACCACAAAACAGGAUUUCGCCGCUAUAAUAUUUUUACUUUUUAAUACACGUACGGUGUAUCCUUACACGAAAAUCAAGGGGAAAAUUACAUCAUUGCCAACAGCUUAAAACGUGAUCAACUUACAUGCGUCAUUUCAGUCAUCGCCGAAAAUAAGCUGCAUACUCAUCAUGAGUCUCAUUUGUGUACAAGUUUGUAUACAGUGAAAGUUGUCGCGAUUCUUAUCCCCAGUUUCCACGGUCUCCGCUAGGAACUCCUGGGAGCAUGGCCUCCUAAUUGGUGCCCACCGACAAAAAAAAUAAGAAAAAGAAACGCCAGCGUUUUUAGAGUCUUGUUUGCUAAAGCAAGCUCGACUAAAUCAACUCAUUUCGACAGUAUACUGUUGCUAUUAUUGAAUGGAAGCUUAAUUUUUCCAUCGUAUCCUUUAUUUCUAUGCCUUUAGCCGACAGCGGUAAAGCUCAAUCCAGUCAAUUCAAACACCUUAUUGUCAAUACGACCACCGGCCAUACGGUCUAGCUCUCUUCCGUGUCCCAUCGGCAGUCUAUUCAGAAACAGGACGUUUUUAAAAGCUCUAGAAACUUUUUAGCAGAAAACGAAAAAUCUUCCAGACAAUUUUUUUUAAUUCAUCUGAUAUCAUUCUAACGACAUAAAUUCUUCGAGAGAAUCAUUACCAUUUCCAUGCCAUUUUAACAGGCAUGUUUUACCUUUUGCUUUUCCUUCAACUUAACUUUAAGCUGGUAUUUAAUUUUCAUAAAAACUUGGCCAGCCUGCGUAACAAGUGGAUUGUUGUUGUUGUUUUUUUUGCUCGUAGGGUAAUUCGCUAAAAGCAAACCCUUCUGUGAAAUGGCCCCGUUUUCUUGUUUGACCUCUUUUAAGCUUUCGCAAGGUCGUAUCUCCUACUUUAAAAACCACAAACGAAAAAAAAAAACGCUCAAAAAGCCUGCUACGUGGGCUAAAUUUUACCUUUCUAGGCAUAAUCACUUUUCUUCUUCCAAUACGGCGGAUUUGCAUUUAUGACACAGCUUUAUCUCAUACUAGAGGAGUUAUAAGAGAAUAUGAAAACCUUUAUCUUCAAAAAUUUCAGUGCCACUUUGUGAAUUUGCUUUGGUAAUUGUUGAGAUGCAAUGGCGCAGAUGCCACUCGCAGUGUGUGGAAUUUUUGUAAUGCUGCUUGGUUUUGUGGCCAAUUCUGGAGAAGGUAAAUUGCUUAGAUUGAAUUGUAUUAUUCCCAGUCGUUAUCACGAUAAGUUCUAUUAUAAUCGAUUGAGCGGGAAUUUCUUUCUUUCUUUCUUUUUCUUUCCUUUUCCUUCCUUUUCCUUCCCCUUUCUUCUUUUUAAAUUGUAGAUUCAAUGCUUCCAAGUUAAGCUGUAAUGUAGUUUAAUGGUGACAAAAAGAAUUCGGGAAAAAACAGAGAUUAUGUGCUGACUAGUGUUACUUAAAAGCGUAACUUUUUCAGCUAAAGUGCUAGCAUUUCAACCCUUUAAUGUGCUGAAAGAGUAUUCAUUUGCAUUCUCUGCAGAAAACCGCAAUUGUAUUGAACAUCAACUACGGCUGUUAUUUUUUUCGUUCAUAACAGACACAAAUUUGGCACCGUGUGAGCAGAAAAUAGAAGACGUGAGAGGCGUGAUCAACACUGCUAAAUCUGGCACCAUCUCGGACUGUACCUGGCUUAUUACAGUACCAGCAGGCCAUAACAUUUUCCUAAAAUUCACAACAUUGCAGUUACAUUUCAAGUACAAGUAUGACACAAGUGAGGAAACAACUUUACAAGUAUGGGACGGUCGCAGCGAGUCAAGUGCUUCGCUUGGAAUUUACAGUGGAACAAAACGAGCAUUUUCCCUGCAGUCGAGCGGCCGUUACCUAUUCAUACGGCUAAGAGUGUUCCCUGAUACUGUUCUUUGUAAUGUUCAAGGAUUGUUUUUCGCUAGUACUGUAAUAGGUAAGAGUGAUUUUGGUGUUUAACUCUAGCGUGGUCAGGACUGAAUCCCGACUUAUCAUGUUUACCUAUAAAGGUAUAAUAAGCAAUAUAUACAAGAACCCGCAAAAAGUAGUUAAGUGAAAAAAAAUCUAGGCAAAGAUGUCUCACCAAAACAUCUCUAUUGUCGAAUAAACAAGGCUACUGGUAUCACGCUCAACAGCAGGUAACAUCCAAAGGCAAGACUGUUUCUGAUUCCUUUUCCCGUCACACUUUCACUAAACGGCUGGUUUUUACUAGGGACGGAGUCGGAGUCGGAGUCGGAGUUGGAGUCGGAGUAGUAUUAAAUCAGAAGCGUAGGACUUUACAAUCCGGUGAAAACAGCUUUCUGAUUCCGAAUCCGACAAUCUUGUUUUCAGUUGAUCGUAAUCGAUGGGGUCAUAAGCGGAGUCGGAAGAAAAUGGAGACGUUCUGAUUCAUCCGACUCCGACUCUGUCGCGCUGAUGACUCCGCUUACGACUUCGGUUUUUGAUUUUCACAAGAUCAUAUGCGCUCUUACGACUCCACUUACAAUUCCGACUCCGACUCCGAAUUCUUAAGGCUUGUGGCUAGUGAAAACCAGCCUAAGAAUUAGAAGUUGAAAAACUGGCCAAUGAAAAAGUGUUGAAAUAAUGCACGCACGCUUCUUCGGGGAUGAAAUUCGAAUUAUACGGCGGACGAUCAACGAAAUUAGUUGUUGUUGUUGUUGUUGUUGUUACAGAAAAGCCCGAAAUUCAUUUCCCUGGUCCUACCGUCAGAGCAAUGCCGGGUCUCUGGUUGGUGUGCUCAGCGAGAGGAACUCCUCCAAUUCAGAUAACAAUAAACCAGAAUGGCAAACAACUGGUUAAGGGAACUGGAUUUGUUAAAGUACCUAUUGCAGACGAAGGUGAAUACAGAUGCACAGCAAGGAAUGGAGCUGGAACUGAUUCCAAAGAAACAAUUGUAUCUUUUCCCACAAGUAAGUGU